AUGGCCCUCGUAGACUACGCCUCCGAUUCGGACACCACCUCAACAUCCAGCACCGACACCCGAAACAGGAAAAAACAAAAAACAACCCCACCAAGCCCAACUCCACCAUCAUCACUCCCCAACAACCCCCCCAAAGCCAGCACCACAACCCCCCUGCCCCCCCUCCCCCCCGCCUUCCACGACCUCUACGCCGCCACCACCCGCACCACCACCCACGACGACCCCGCCCUGCACCAAGGCCGCGCCCGCCAGACCCCGCACACCCCCGGGUCCUGGCCGAGCCACGUCUACGUGGAAUGGCACCCGCCGCCGGCCACCCACGCCCUGCUCACCACCCUCGUUACCACCCUGCAAACCACACUGCAAACCAACCCCCAAACUGCCCUCGCCACUAAAGGGGGGGAAGGGGUGGAGGUGGUGAGUUUCCUGACAAGUGAGUUGGCGACGCCGCUGCCGCUGCAUGUGAGCCUGACGCGGCCGGUGGUGGUGGGGACGGGGGAGAAAGAGGGGUUUUUGAGGGAGGUCGCGGGAGCGGUGGUGGGUGGUGGUGGUGGUGGUCCUGGGGGGCAGGGGGUGUUUGGGUUGCGGGGGAGUGGGGUGGUGGAGUGGCAUCGCACGGGGGAGAGUGGGAGGUCGUUUUUGGUUUUGAGGGUGUGUGGUUUGAGGGGGAGGGGGCAGCGGAACGGGGAGGGGUUGGGGGGUGGUGGUGAUGAGGAUGGGGAUGGCGAGAAUCCGAAUCCCGAGUUGACGGGGCUGCUGCGGCGGUGUAACGCCGUGGUUGCCAGGUAUGGGCAGCCAGGGCUCUACGAGUGGGCGGAGGAUGAAGGAGCGGACGGAGGUAGACGGGUCGGGGAGGCGUUCCAUGUGUCGAUUGCGUGGUCGUUUGCUGAGCCUACGGAGGAGCUGGUGAGGGCGACUGAACAAGUCUUUGGUGGGCGGGAUACCCAACAAAAGCUUCGGGAAGUGCAGAUCCCCGUAGAAAGCAUCAAAGUCAAGAUAGGGAACGUGGUAACAAACGUGGCCCUUCGGCAGCCGGGCGUGAGGCCAAGCGGAGAGGGAGCAAAGAACUUGCUUGGGUUAUGAGGCUUAAACGGCUAACACACAGAUAC